AUGCCUUUGGAGUACGCUCUUCAACACAGGGGACGCUUCCCUGAUCCUGGGCCGUGGAAAGUCCCACCAGCUCACAAAGUUACUCUCGGAGACACUCUCGGUAUUGAAGCGUUGCCACGACAACGCUUCUACAAGACAAAGCGCACUCCAUAUGUUUUAAAUAUUAUGGUUGUUGGUGAGAGCGGUUUAGGUAAAACCACAUUUAUGAAUACGCUAUUCAAUACAUCUUUGAAAGAAGAGAUUCCGGCCAAGAACCCACAAGCCACAAAAACUGUCGAAAUUGACCCUGUGCAUUAUGAGUUGGUCGAAGACGGGGUUACUCUUAAUCUUACAGUCGUUGAUACGCCUGGUUUUGGUGACCAAUUGAACCGUGAGAACAAUCUUGCACCUAUUGUCAAAUAUAUCGAUGAUCAAUUUGAAGCGUAUCAUGCAGCAGAGCGUAGUCCAGGAUUUCGUCGGGCCAUUCCUGAUACGCGCAUACAUGCAUUGCUGUAUUUCAUUGCUCCAACUGGUCAUGCCUUGAAGGAACUUGACAUUAAAGCCCUUCAGGUCUUGUCAGCUAAAGUCAAUGUGAUUCCUGUAAUUGCAAAGGCCGAUACGCUAACACAAGACGAGAUGGCUGCUUUUAAAAAGACGAUACUAAGAGAUAUAGAAGCCAAUAAAAUUAAGAUCUUCCCGACAGCAUAUCCCGACGAUCGAGAAAGUGUUGAGGAUCUCGAGAAAUAUAUUCCUUUCACAGUAAUUGGUAGCGAUCAGUUCGUAGAUGUUGACGGUAAACAAGUUAGAGGUCGAAUUUAUCGAUGGGGUAUCGUUGAAGUUGAAAACGAAAACCACUGCGAUUUCGUCCACCUUCGCGAGUUACUCAUGACGCAUGCACUUCAUGAUCUUCUUGAAACAAGUCACACAGUUCACUACCAUAAUUAUCGUGCCGAGAAACUGCGUUCCAAUGGGCGUCCCGAGUCGAUUCUUGCUUGUGAUGAGUCGUACGAAUUCAGAAUUGAAAGAAGCAAAGAGAAUAUGGCUGAGGAUAUGAGCAAGAGGGAAGAAGAGAUGAGGCAGAACUUUGUACUGAAAGUUAGAGAAAAGGAAGCUAGUCUGAGAGAAAGAGAGGAACAGCUCAACCAGCGUCGACAACAAUUAAUGGCAGAGUUGGAAGAGCAGCGUCUAGUUCUUGCAGCAGAAGAACGCGAGUUCCAAGAAUUGUACAAUCAAUCCAGAAAUGCUAGGUAA